CUGAAGCGAUGCUGAACAGUUAGUCUUGCUCAAUCACUGACCACGGAAGGAUCUCUUGAGUAGCUUUUGCUUCCUAGUUUGUAUUUUGUUGCGAUCAAAUCAGAAAACCGUUAUACAAGGAUGGGUUGCUGUUUGGAUAUUAAGUUCCACGGGUACUUCAUCGGGGCACUGGCUGGUCUGUUGGAGCUCAUUUCUUUGGCCAUCUCCUGCUACGCGCUGUUGUGCUAUAGUGACUCUAGUGAUUCGGAGCUGCCGGUGGAUUUGCAAGAUUUGGUGAGCAGUUCUAUCGUGGAUUACGCUGGAGAUGCCUUCAUCCUGAUUGCCGUCACGUUACUAAUAUACGGGAUCUACAAGGAAAACCGCUACUGUUUGAUCCCGUUCAUGGUCACAAUCUGCUUCGACUGGUCGUCCUAUCUGGCGCACAACAUCGACCGAUCUAUGCCUUAUCACGUGUGGCUGCUCAUCACGGCCUUCUUCCUGUACGUGUUCGUAACGAUGCUCAGCCUCUUCAUACUGUUCGGAAUGAAAAUAGAAACGCCCAAAAGUACCCAAGCAAAGUACUUCAGCAGCAAAUUCAGUGGUGUCGAUGUUGUGUGAGUGUAACGCACUCACACAUAACGAUUGCGACAAACACGAGUCCCAUCCUUUUCCCAAUGAUGACAAACCAAAAGAAAGACUGAUUAUUCGUUGUACAUAUUAAGUUAUUUAUGGUUAUUAGAUUAAUUUGUAAAAUAAUAACAUCGUUGCAUUUUUGUGUUGGAGAACAUUCCGAGAAGCAUGUGAAGCUUUAGAAUCUUACAAUCUAAAUCGAAAAUGUCGUUUAUGAUGAAAUUUGAAAACAGGGAAAACAAUUUUUUAACUAAGGUGCACAAAUUACGUAACGCCAAAAACUCGGAUUUUGAACCCCCUCCCCCUCUUAUGUAAUGAAAUUCGUAUCUCUAACACACAGCAAGUAACGCCAACUAGACCCCCCCCUUCCUUCCUUUAUUCUGCCGUUCUACGCAUAGUUGUCCCAUGUUACUUUUUGACGAUUUUCACUUUUCUUCAUAAAACGUUGUUUUUAUGCAUAAUCUUACGGAAAAACACACAAAAAACAUAUAGUUUGUUCCCAGUUUUUAAAAAAAACAACAUCAAGCCAUGCCAUUAUCAUUGUCCCAUGUUGAUAUUCUAUGCAUAACUGUCCCACUAUGUAUGUUUUGUAGAUCCAUAUCGAAUAAAUCGGUUCAAGCGCAAGAAUUUCAUGUCACACUUUCAGCAAGGCUAAUGCACUUCUGGUUUGGAAGAACGAACUAAUUCUCAAACAAAUAAGAAAAACUUCAACAGAACACGUGUACACCUUGUUAGCGAAUGCCUUAUAACAAUGAGAUUUAUAUUCUGCGAAGGUGUUGCAGAUCACUCAUUUCUUCAUAAAACGAUGUUUCUAUACAUAAUCUUUCGGAAAAACACAAAUGAAACGUGAAGAGUUCCCCUCACUUGAAUCAAUCAAGCUUGAUCACGGUUCAAAAAUACAUGGUGGGACAGUUAUGCCUAGAAUAUCAACAUGGGACAAUUGAACUUGAUGUUGUUUUUUAAAAUACUGGGAACAAACAAUAAGUUUUUUGGUGUUUUUCCGAAAGAUUAACAUUAACAAAACAUCGUUUUAUAACUAAGGGAGUGAUCUGCAACACCUUUAUAGAAUAUAAAUCUCAUUGGUAUUAGGCAUUCGCUAUCAAGGUGCACACGUGUUCUGUUAAACUGUUUUUCAUUUAAUAAUGUAUUUUUUGUUGUAUUUGUAUUUGAUGACUUAGAUCGAUCGUAUUUGAGACUUAGAUCGUUCUUCCGAACCAGAAAUGAGUACAUUAGCCCUACUGAAAGCGUAACAUAAAAUUCUUGUACUUGAACCGAUUCAUUCAUUAUGGAUUUACGAAAAUACAUGAUUGGACGGUUAUGCCUAGAAUAUCAACAUGUGACAAUUCAACUUGAUGUUGUUUUUUGAAAAGCUGGGAACAAACAAUAUGUUUUUUUGUGGUUUUCUGGAAGAUUAGGCAUUAAAACAUCGUUUUAUGAAGAGAAGUGAAAAUUGUGAAAAAGUAACAUGGGACAACUAUGCGUAGAACGGCAGUAUAGUGCUUCUAAAAAACCCGGUGUUUUGCUAAAUUGAAAUGCUUAAAGCUUUUGGUAGACAAAUAUGCGAGAAAACUUUGAUUGCGUUUUUCUCAGUUGAUGAUUUUGGAACAUGGGACAACUAUGCGUAGAACGGCAGUAUGUGUCUUUAGAAUGCAACGCGGUACUGAUGUGCAACAAGUUUUCUGCACUCAAUUGAACCCUCGCUCCUUGUAUACACAUGCGCUCUGGCAAAUGAACACGCACCGAAACAGACGAAAUGUUUUGUUGUCAACACCGUUCGCUUGAAGGGUCGAAUAUCGUUACUGCACCGUGUUCAGACAUCAUGUUUCUACACCUCCUUUCUAAAUCGUGCUGGUUGUCUGGUUGUCUGGUAGGGGAAAUGGGAGUAAGACGGACAUGUUAAGAAGAACUUCAAUUGUAUCUUUGGAAACUCAUGUUUUCCAAAACAUAAAAGCAGAUUCUUACAGUUCAAUAUACUGGUUUUCGAAAUUAUUGGCCAAAUAUUUUAUAAAAACAAGAAGUGGAUUAUAUCUGUGAUACAACCGCAAGGUAAAUGUAGGACUACCGUUGGCUCGGUGAUCAUUUGUUUGAAAUUGUAUCUGAAUCAGUUCUAAAUGAAUGAAUGAAUGAAUAUUUUGUAAGAUGCUGAAAGUUUUCUUGUUAGUUUGUGGUUUUAUGAGUAAAAGUAUGGAAUUGUUAGUAACAUAAAAGUCAACUCUUUCGAACUUGUUGGUAGUCCUGAAAUGAAUCGAUGGAAUUUGAGUGGCCUUGUAAAAGCAACUGAAGAUGUUUGAUACAUGAUUCACUUUUGUUUUCGUGAGAAUAAUACGAGAUUUUUCAUGAUCACUCCAUGCGCAGAAUAGAAACUUAGGGCGCCACUUCACGGUGAAAACGAAAUAAAGUCUAUAUAACCUUGUAUAAAAUUCGCCAUUUUACAAUGUGGUACAUAUGUAUAUUUUGAAGGAUGGCUUGGUAUAAGUGUUGUAACUUAGUUUUUUUUUAACUAGAUAAACGAUGAGUAGCAUGUGUUGCGCUAAAAAUACUGCAAAUACUUCUUGUGUCGGCCCUAACAUUAUCAAUGAUAUAAUCCAACUUGAUGUGAUAUCGAUCUCAUUACCAUUAUCCACAGUAUUCAUGUAUGCAUUAUCAAACUCAAAAUUUUCGAAGAUUAUCAACGAUUUUGGUCCAAUCGCGUGUUGAAAUUAUCGUAAAUAUACAAAACCCUAACUUUCUUACCAUAUACUGAAGACAUUUAAUGGUUGAAAUGAAUC